UGUGGCACGGUGUGUUCGUCGUGCGCAGUCGUGAAUGACGACAACGUAGUACUAGCUGACGAGAAGUGCGUCUCGCUCAAUCCGACCCUCGGUUCGCGCUCCUCGCCGUUCGUUUCGUCAGAUUUCGGGAUCCGGAUCGUCGUGAGGCCUUCCGCGUUCGGCCGAAACCGUCGUCGCCGUCGUCGUCUCGUCCGCCGAUUCCGAUUCUCCAUCGCAGGCACGCACUUACACGGCGGUAGGCUAACGCAAAAUGGCGGAAGCCCAUUCAGCCGUAGCAUUCAGCUUCUCUAUAACGCACGAAGGAUGGGACGUGAACUUUGACCGAGAGGUACUCCACUUGGUAUGGCUGUCCGGUGUGCGAUCGUGGAAGAAGAGAUUCUUCCGAUUUCAGAACAACCUGAAGAGCGGCGUUUACCCGGCUCCCCUGGAGAGCUUGUGGAUCACGGUGAUCUUAGUCACGGCGAUACACUUUGCCGGUUACAAGGUUCCGUAUGACCUCGUCGGGAAAGUAUCGCCGUACCUCUCCGCGUCCUCUAUACUCGCGCACUUGGCGGGCUCCUUUGUGGUCGGGCUGUUCCUAUGGCUGGUGGUGAUAUACACAAUACGGUAUGCGUUGAAGCUGCUACUCAUGUACAAGGGAUGGAUGUACGAGUCGAGAGGCAAGGGUCGCAAGCCGUCCUCGACGACGCGGUUCUGGCUGCUGCUGGUGAAGAUGUUCUCCGGUUGGCACAAGCCUAUGCUAUACAGCUUCCAAGGAUCACUGCCGCGGCUGCCGCUACCGUCGGUAGCCGACACCAUGACACGGUAUCUGAGAAGUGUACGACCGUUGGUGGACGAUGAGAAUUAUGCUCGCAUGGAGAAACUGGCGACCGAGUUCGAAAACGGCAUUGGCGUCAAGCUGCAGCGUUAUCUCGUCCUCAAGUCUUGGUGGACCACCAAUUACGUGUCCGAUUGGUGGGAGGAGUACGUCUACCUGCGCGGAAGGUCGCCUCUAAUGGUCAACUCCAAUUUCUACGGAAUCGACGCUAUUUUAUCAUAUCCGACGAACGUGCAAGCCGCGCGCGCUGCAGCUGUCAUAUACUCUUGCUUGCAGUACCGGCGCCUUAUCGAACGUCAGGAAUUAGAGCCGAUUCUGGUGCAAGGAUUAGUACCACUGUGUUCUUGGCAAUACGAAAGAGUGUUCAACACCACGCGCGUUCCAGGAGUCGAAGUCGAUAAGAUUGUACAUUAUCAAGACGCCAAACAUAUUGUAGUGUAUCAUAAGGGCAGAUAUUUCAAAGUUUUAAUUUAUUAUCGAAAUAGGAUUCUUCAAGCCUGCGAGAUUGAGCUCCAGAUGCAGCAAAUUUUGGACGAUAAUUCAGCGCCGUCCGAGGGAGAGGAGAAACUGGCCGCGUUAACCGCCGGCGAGAGGACUACCUGGGCUCAAGCCAGGCAGAACUUCUUCGCGAAGGGUGUAAAUAAAGCUUCCUUGGAUCUUGUCGAGAAGGCCGCAUUUGUGGUCGCGUUGGACGAUGUACCUUAUGAAUACGACACGAAACAUCCAGAAAAAUUGGACAACUACGGCAGAGUUCUAAUGCACGGAAAAGGAUACGAUCGGUGGUUCGAUAAAUCUUUCACGCUAUGCAUUGGCAGCAAUGGCAGAAUCGGAUUUAACGCGGAACAUUCUUGGGCAGACGCUGCGGUCAUGUCGCACUUGUGGGAAUACGUUGUGUCCUCGGAGUUUCUGGACAGAGAAUACGACAAGGACGGACAUAAUGCGGGCACUCCGGAGUUUGUACCUCCAGCUCCGACUCGAUUACAGUGGGACAUGGAUACUAAGUGUAUCGAGGCUAUCGAGCAAUCCUACCGGGUAGCGCGCGAUAUAGCGAACGACGUCGACCUGCGUAUUUACGUGCACGACGCGUACGGCAAAGGCUUGAUGAAAGUCAAUUCCAUGUCGCCAGAUGCUUACAUACAAAUGGCACUGCAACUGGCAUACUACCGUGAUGCUGGAAAGUUCAAUUUAACUUAUGAAGCUUCCAUGACGAGACUGUUCCGAGAAGGUAGAACGGAAACGGUUAGACCGUGCACCAUCGAGUCCUCUAAAUGGGUGAAAGCGAUGGAGGAUAAAACGGCGACGGUGGACGAAAAAGUCAAGCUGCUGAUGGAUUCGGUCGCGCGACAUCAAAGGGGAUAUCAAGAUGCUAUGUGUGGCAAAGGAAUAGACAGGCAUCUCUUCUGUUUAUAUGUAGUAUCAAAGUACUUAGAAGUAGAUUCACCGUUUCUCAAGGAGGUCUUAAGCGAGCCAUGGCGAUUGUCAACGUCACAAACACCACACGGUCAAACUUCGAGAAUGGAUUUGAAAAAGUUCCCCAACUGUAUUUCAGCGGGCGGUGGAUUUGGUCCGGUGGCUGACGACGGCUACGGCGUUUCUUACAUAAUCGCAGGAGAGGAUCUUCUAUUUUUCCAUGUUUCUAGCAAGCGCAGUUCGUCGAAAACGGAUUCUGCGCGAUUUUCAAUGCAGAUAGAGAAGGCACUGCGCGACAUGAAAGAUUUACUAGAGCAAAGAAAGAAGAUACACCAGAACGGGUCUGCGUAACUUAUUCGUUACCUGUAGCGAUCUUGCGAGCAGCAGUUAUCAGACGGCUACGCAAAUGAAAAAAAAAAUCUAAACAACUUUCCUCUGACACACGAAAGGAUUUUUUAAUAAUGUAGAUAUAAUUUAAUCGAAUAACUUUUUUAAGGCGACAACUUCAUAGAGAAUUAUUUUAGUGGAUAGGCGCUUAUAACAUAACGCGAAAAUCACGGGCCCAAAAUUCACUAAACAGUGCAGUAUAGAUAAAUAUGCAUAUAGAGAUAGAUUUUUAUAGAAUCACCUUUUCACGUUUGUCAUGUAUGUAUAAUCAUGAUAUAGCAUUUUUAUUACGAUUAAACGAUCAUUUUUAAACUGACAAUUGAUGCGUGAUUUAUCAACGGUAUUGCACAGCAAACAUGUGCACAAAAGUACAAGUAAAAAGGUGUCUCCGUAUACAAUAUCGCAAAUUUGGAAAAAUACUUUGGCGUUUACGUAUGAUUGCAGGAGCGUAAAAAUCAAUGCUUUGCAAAUCACAAAUUUGGCUAUUGAAAUUGUUGGGAGAUUUCUCACGCACGUGAUGAUAAUGUAAGAGAGUACGUUAUCAAAGAAAAGUUAAGAUUUAUAAAUAUUGAUAAUUAAAUUUUGAAAGAUUUACCAUCGUGUAAGUGUACCAUAACACUCAUUACAUAUCUACUGCAAAUGCAGAUACGAUUUCGUAUAUAUAUAUAUACAUUAUAUACUAUACAGACUGUAUAGUAUUUAAUUCAGCGUCAAGUAAAGGCGUGUAUUCAAUGCAAUUUACGCGUGUAGGGGAGACGAGAGCUUUUCUCUACGAAUUACGUCACAAGUAAAUAUCUUAAUAUGAAAGAGCAGACUCAAUUCGUAUCGGUCUGAUCAGUCUGGAUCUAUAUGCGAUGGACAUAGCAACUAUAAAUAACUAUGUGAUCAUUCUAACUUCUUUUUAAGCAAACGAUUAAGCGAUGCCAUAUAUUGAUAUGUGCAACUUAUCAAUGCAAAUGUUUUACUUGUAAGUGAUUACUAAUUAUAAGUAAUUUUAUACUUAGAAGAGAAGCGGAUUACAUUCUCUAUACAAUAUAUUUGUUGAAGGUAUAUUUACGGAUAUGCGGUGCUUUGAAAACUUGUUACUUGGUGGUGUUACAAUUAAUCUUUAUUGAUGUUUAAGCGAUAAUACGAAAUGCAAGAUGAGAGAGAAGUAGGUAUAUACAUAAGCUUUUUGUACACUUCAUUUCGUCUCUGUACAUUUAACGAACGUCUCCUGAUGAUGAUUGUAAAAAGUAGACAUGAAAUUGUACAAUAGAAUCUUAUUUGUUAUCUUUACUAGAGGAAUCUUAAUAUUCAUUGUAAAUAGAGAACCAGUUUCUACAUUAGGAAAGGUUAUUAGAAUUUCAAUUACAAAAAUCCGAAACAUGCUUACCGAUCAACAAUGAGAUGUAUGUGUAAGAUAUUGAAAUAUUGGCAAAACGAGAGAAAUACUUAGAUACUUGCAAGAUAUUCGAGAUAUUUUUGUACAACGCCAACGAUCGAUCAUUUUUAUGCCACUUUUUAUUGGUACAUUUAUAUAGAAAUUCUCUUUAAUUCUGUACAAAAAACGUGUGACAUUGACUUGCAACAUGAGUGUACUGUAAUAGAAUAAAUAAAUACAACUAC